AUGACUCAAGGCGCCGGAGAUGGCCAUGGUUCGAAUUCAAAUUCAAAUUCGGAUAACGGGGACGACGGGAAAAGAGCGGCAGCGAGUGCUUCGGCAGCCCUUCAAGGAGCAACUUUGGCAUUUGCGUCACGAGAAGACCAGAAGCAGUCACGGAACAACGGAAGCCCAAAGGCGGGGCAGCCCAUCAAUGAUGGGGCUCGGAAAGCAGCUAUGAUCGCGGAGGCGGCCGUCAAUAAUAGAGCUAUUAAUGCUGGUGCCAGCGAGAGCGAUGUCUACCCAGUUCCAUACGGUAUUGGAGUUAAGGACAGGCUCCAGUUCAUCCCUCAUCCGAACGACAGUGGAGGUUCUACCGCAGCCACAACCCCAGCUCCACAACCGGCCGAGUCCACGAAGGCUGUAACCUCGCUCCAGAACAACAACCAGACGACGUAUGGAAGCACUAUUGCAGGUGCUACCAUCAUAACGCGACCAAAAAUAGAGCUUGAAAACAACCCCCAACGCAUUGCAGCUAAACUUGCCGUGGAUAGAUCUACUGCCGGAUCCAAGGCAAAAUCAAGGUCCCCGUCCCGGGCCGCAUCUGCUACUACGAUAAGCUCACAGCAAACCAGGGAAUAUCAAGAGUUAAUUACACAUGCGCCCCAGCGUGCCUCAAGUUCGCCAACUAUCUGUGAGGACGACACUGAUAUUAUUGCAAGCUCUAGCAGGAACGGGAGUUAUGCACCUCUAAAAUCGGAGGUGACCGAUGCAGAACUGUCCGCUGCACGCAAUAUGCCAACGCAGCAGAAAUAUGGAGUCAAGGCUCCUCCUCCGCUUCCGAACAGGCCAGUGACGACCAGAGAUCCGUCUCCUAGAAAGAAGAUGGAUUCUGAACAUGACCAAGGGUCUAUUCUUCCACCACCUCCGCCGCCACCGCGCAACAAAGCUGUCAGCCCGCCUCCAGCUCUACCCCCUAGGCCAACUACGAUUCCUCUGGGAAGGGAGAAACCACCUCCUCCGGCACCACGACAAUCAACGAUAUCAUCAUCCGCCAUCGACGGGCCUCUGACUCCACGUGGGCCGCUUCCGUCCUUACCUCGUUCGCAUCCACACCCGCAUCCGCAUCCGCUCCCGCUUCCGAAUGCACGCUCAAGUCCACUACAACCCCAACAUUCUGGGGUUUUCGAGAGCCCCUUAGCCGAUGCAAUCACAGCCUCAACACUCGCGUCACGCCGGACUCCCUCUCCGUCCAAACACAACCCUCCCCCACUACCACCUGGUCGACGAUCCAGAUCUAGGUCGUUUCUGCAGGUUACCCACAGUGGCAACAAGAAUGACCACCGUGACCGGCUAGGAAGGGGGAAUGGCCAAAGCCGAACACCUAGCCCCAACCGGACGACAGCUAUGAAAAGGACGAUGCGUGCUCCGGCCCGACCUGAGCCAGAUUUUGCUGCUAACAGAGGAGGAGGAGGAGGGGGGGGGACUCGAAGCAAGGAGCAUGGCCGGAGAAUCAUCCGAACCCACCCGCAUAAGCAUCGGGAAGGCGAUCGCAAGCGCUGGCGUGACAAGGUGACUGCAGCAGAGAGGAAGCGUUACGAGGGAGUGUGGGCGGCGAACAAAGGCCUGUUUGUGGGCGCGCAUGAGCAGGUCAACAUCAAGGACAAGUCCGUUGCGCUCGAGGAGACGGUAUCAAGCAUAGUAGUCCGUGACAUCUGGACCCGAAGCAGGCUACCGACACCGAUGCUGGAACAGAUCUGGAAUAUCGUCAGCCACCACGCAUACGGGCUGUUGUCUCGAGAGGAAUUUGUAGUAGGGAUGUGGUUGAUCGACCAGUGUCUGAAGGGCCACAAGUUACCUGUCAAGGUAUCACAGAGCGUAUGGGACAGCGUGAGAUCGGUUUCAGUUGAAUUAACAGGCCACUGA